AGUUCUCUAAAAAGCUUUUGCAAAAGCCUGUUGCGACAAGUGCCGGACAAGGAACCAACCCGCAGUACAGCACGCAAUGUUGAAAAGACGUUGCUGCGACGCUUGCGACAAUAUUGCAAUGUUGCAGCAAUAUUGCUGCGACGCUUGCGACAAUAUUGCAAUAUGUUGCAGCGAUAUUGCUGCGACGCUUGCGACAAUAUUGCUGCGACGCUUGCGACAAUAUUGCAAUGUUGCAGCGAUAUUGCUGCGACGCUUGCGACAAUAUUGCAAUGUUGCAGCAAUAUUGCUGCGACGCUUGCGACAAUAUUGCAAUGUUGCAGCAAUAUUGCUGCGACUAUUGUGCUGCAUAGGAACCCGCGGUGUCACAAGAGACUCGCGUCUAAAACGCUGCGUAUCAAACGUUACAAAGCGAUCCUAUCGCGAAGCGACACCGCGAAUCAUCGGCCGAAUCUUACAAACUGCGAAGUCGUGUGGAGCGUGUAAGCGCAAACACAAUAACCGCGUCCUUCGACGGGCGAACGUUCAACGAUUAAGCAAGCCUCGUGAGGAAAAACUCGCAUUCUGCGUUUUACAAUUUAUUUUUGCAAUAAAAUCUUAUUCUCGAACCUCAUUCGGUUCAUCAAAUGGCGAGAGUACAGCCCGGCUCAGCAAGAUACGCGUCAGUUUGUACUCCUCGAAAAUGGCAAGUCGAACACAAGUGACCACGCUUGUACACGCUUCUCGCAUUGUUUAUUGUAUUACGCAGCAUACACGCUUCGCACACAUAUCGUUCACGUGCCACCGUCGGAAUAUAUAUAAAUGCCCGUCCCGAUAUGUGAGAACUCUCACUCGGCGCUUGGGAACUCUACACGCUCCGUCUCCCAUCGCGCUCGGUCUCCCAUCGCUGUAUGUACGUCGCAGCAUGAAGGCCGCAUCGCGAUCUCAUCCAACGGGGCCGGGGGAAUCCGUCGACGACAGCCACGGGAUUUCAUCAUUUGCGACAACACCGCAGCCACACGUUCAUCCGCUGACCCGAGAAAGCCGUUGACGAGAAGCGCAGACCGUUGUGUGAAGCAACCACGAAGGCCGCGCGCGCGCGCGUCGCUCUUCCGCUGGGCCGAGGGAUCCGUGUUGACAAGGUCACUUCGUAAUUAUUUUACCACCGAAACAUGGCGCAGUGUUCGCGACAGGAGACCGCGCGCAAGUAUCAACGAUCGCGACGCUGAGGAUUUGCGCGAAAUUUUCUUGUAAACCCUGCAAUUUCUUCAUCCGAAUAACAUUCUUACAUUUAGACUUGGCUGCCGACCGUUUGGUAUUUGUGGAUCACUGAAGGAGGUCACUUGGCUCCCGUACCAAUAUUUGCCGAUUGAAACUUGUCUCGCGUGGAGCGAAAAAAGUAAAAUACUUUGUUACGAAUCGUACGUGAUAUAUAUGUAUUAUAUAUCAAGAAUCGUAUUCAUACUUAUAUAUAUCUCUCUAUAUAUAUAUAUAUAUUUUUUUUUUCUUUUAUAUUUAUGUACAUAUACAUAUUAUAUAUUCUCAUGAUCGUGAUUCGACUGAGAAACACAUCCAAUUGUGAAAAUGAAAAAAGAAUCCAAAUCUGACGCAAAUUAGAUGCGGCAAUCGAUUCUUAACGUUCUUUAUUCUCGUGCAAUUUUAAUAAUGACGAUCAUUCGUCAGAUCUCUCAGUACCUCGCAUGACAAGUUUCAAGUAAGGAAGCUUGAUGCGGACCCAAGUCCGAUCUUCUCGAGUUAGGCUUGCAGGCCCCCCAAACAGUGGGAAACGAAGCCCAAAUGUAAGUCAAAUGCUCAGAUACAAUAAGUUACAGCGUAUAUACAAACAUGAUGGAAUUUUGCGUAAAUCUCGGCUCGCGAGAACGAAG